AUGGUCGGAAGAAACAAGACAACUGUCGAUGAGUUCAUUCUCUUGGGAAUCACAGAUAUUUGGGAGCUGCAGGUCAUUCUCUUUGUGCUGUUCCUUCUGAUCUGUGUCACCUCAUUGGUGGGGAAUCUGGGCAUGAUUGCAUUAAUCAGGCUUGACUUUCGACUCCACACCCCCAUGUACUUCUUCCUCUGCCACCUCUCUCUGGUGGACAUAGGUAAUUCCUCAGCGGUUGCUCCCAAAAUACUAGUGAGCUUCUUUGAAGAAAGGAAAACCAUCUCUCUGCCAGGGUGUGCAGCCCAGAUGUACUUUUGUGGAGUCUGCAUCAUCACCGAGUGUUACCUGCUUGCUGUGAUGGCCUAUGACCGGUACAUGGCCAUCUGUAACCCUCUGCUCUACGUGGCCACCAUGUCUCAAAAGGUUUGUGUCCAGCUGGCUGUGGGAUCCUACAUAGUAGCGACUGUGAAUGAAAUAGUUCUUGUCAGCUCAGUGUUCAAUUUACACUUCUGUGGCCCUAAUGUCAUCAAUCACUUCUUCUGUGACAUUCCUCCGCUCCUGAGACUGUCCUGCUCCAGUACGACUGUCAACGAACACGUGCUUUUUACCAUUGGUACUUUUAUUGCACUCAGCACUUUAGUAUUCAUUGUUGUCUCUUAUGGUUCUAUCCUUACCACUAUCCUGAGGAUCCACUCCUCAGAGGGCAGGCACAAAUCUUUCUCCACCUGUGCCUCACAUUUGACAUCAGUCUCAGUUUUUUACGGGACUCUGAUCUUCAUGUACCUCCGUCCCAGUUCUAGCUACUCCCUGGACCAGGACAAAGUGGUGUCCAUUGCCUACACCCUGGUGAUUCCCAUGCUGAACCCCCUGAUCUACAGCCUGAGGAAUGUGGAGGUGAAGGAUGCUCUCAAGAGACUCCUAGAAAAAAUAGGGUUCAGCCAUCAGACACAGCUUGAUGCAAUCAAUUCUGUGUGA